CACACACAUUUAAUUACAGGAAAUGUGUAAAAAAAAUUGAACAUUGCAUUUGUUAAUUUUUAUUUAAAAAUAGUACUAUAAAAUUGAAAUAUUUAACGAUGUUUGAGUGGGCCUAUAGUGGUGCUAACAGAGCUGUUCCCCGAAAUGUGGGGCCCGAGUGCGCAUAUUUUUUAUCGUUUAAUAGGCAAAUUAUUGAAACAAUUAUAGUUACUGCAUUGUGCUCAUACCUUUUAGUAAAAACUUAUCCAAAGUUGGUAUUACCACAGGAUGAAACUUAUAUUAAAAGUGACCGAGGAGGCAAGAGGUUACUAGUUAUACUUUUGGCCUUAUUAUGGGGAAUGGAAAUUGGAUUUAAAUUUGCUUCUCGCACUGUAAUAUAUUUACUCAAUCCAUGUCAUGUUACAACUUUAAUGCAAAUAUACCUGUUAGCUGCACCACCCAGCAAGACAGUCACUGCAGUUUUUCGCAUACACCUAAACUUGUUAAAUGGGCCUCUUUUAGCGUUUCUAUUUCCUGAAACAGCCUCCCGCCAGAUCCCUGCUGAGGCAGCACUCUACUGGAUACAACAUGGCAUGAUGUGUGUCAUACCAUACUAUCUAUUAAGAAUUGGAGGUGUAUACAAUGUAGAGCCGCUUAGAGAUUUCAAUUGGGCCAUUGUUAGUUACUGCCUUAAUCUAUUGUAUCACUUCAUAAUCCUACAAGCUAUAGCAAUACCCGCCCAAGUGAACCUGAACCACAUGAUCUGCCCGGCGCUGCUGGAUCCGUUCGACGGGCCGUGGUACCGUGUGGCGGCCGUGCUGCACCAGGCCGCGCUCUGCCCGCUCCUCUGCAAGGCCUACUGCCUCGUCGCGGACUUCUGUCUCACCAAGUUCCCCCCCACCAAGGUCAAGCAACAACUCAAGGAUUUCCUCCAGGAUAGAACGGUGGAGAAGAAAGAAUCGUAGGUGCGUGUCAAAUUCUCUGUGACGUUAUUGAGAAAAAGGUACCACUUCGGAUUUUCAUAAAAUACAGGUCAAUUCACAAGAGCAGGAACGAAUGAGCGAAUGAAAAUAUGCAUGGUGUCAUAGAAAAAUGGAAUCUCUUGACAGUUAAGACUGUAUACCAAUGCAGAUGUCACUCAAAGAAUAAAGUUUCGUUUAUUUCAUUCGUGUAAGCUUUCAUGAAACGAUCUGUAUGUGUUAUCUUAUCAAUUUUUAGUAAUAAUUUAGUUCAAAUGAAAAUUCACAAUGAAAGCAUAAGGGUUAGUGUACGCGACUUACGAUACUUGCACUUUCUAUUAGUCUUGCAACGCUUUUAAUAAUGACCGAGCGUGGUAUCUAUUUUUUAAAACGACUCUUUUAUGGCUGUAACCCCUUUCAGGGUAGCUAGAAUCUCUGUGAAAUUGCCUAAUGUAGUACCUAAAGAACAAUAUUUCAUCGCGUCCAUUUCGUUUGGGUGAUUAUUGUUGAUAAUAAGCUAAAUAAUUAUUAGAUCAUGAUCUCUUAUAAUAGGGAGGCCAAUGGGUGGGACUGAAUGCAAACGACAAGCUUUAUCGUUGUUCUUGACGUAGUUAGUGCGUUUUCCGUUUUCCCAUUAAACAUUCUAUGUAGGACCGGUAUUCUAUACAUUAUUAACACUUUCGCAGCAACCCGCCUGGUGGGCACUCGUAAACAUUGCUCAGGCGUGAACGCGCUGGGCGGGUUCUCGCCAUACAAGCGGGCGGUUGUAAAUUAUGACCGAUUUCUGACGUAGUGCGUCAUUUUUUUUCUGGUAUCUAGUGAAUGUGUGAAAGACGUCAUCUUUGACAACCUUCCUACAGUUCCUACAUUCGAUCAGAUAUGUAAUGUGAAAACGCUAUUCUUCGUAAUCAACAAAAUAAACCAAUCCGAUUAUCAUCAAGUAGGUACUCGUACCGUACCUACAUGGUGCAAUUAAGACGA